AGAGGCCUUGUUUGAUAACACUGAGGGUCGCAGCACGGGGACGAGACGAGGGCGGAGGUUGUUUUUUUUUUAGAGAGAUAUUAGCGAAUUACCCUACACAUACAUAAUAAAUCAAAUAUCCUGAUCAUCAAAGGUUUGGACUGAAACCCCCCCCCUCUUCCUUGGCAUCCAGUGGUUUUCCAGUGUUUGUGUGCUGUCAGGGGGAUGUCAGCAGCCCGCUUUGCGCGCCUGGCAAGGUGCAGUGGUUCUUAUGUUGGCCGCGCUUGUCUUUUUCCAAAUGCCAUUUUUCAACAUCCGUUCCAGCAGGAUAGCCACCUCCAGUUCACAAUCUUCAGUAGGAAACUUAACAGCCCCUCAGGAAGACUGAACAGCAACACGCGCUUUGAUGCGGACAGUAGCGGCCGCCCCACUACUUGGGAUUCAUUUGGCAUCUGGGACAAUCGCAUUGAUGAGCCAAUCCUGCUGCCGCCCAGCAUUCGCUACGGCAAGCCCAUUCCCAAAGUCAGUCUGUCAAAAAUAGGCUGUGCCUCGCUGAUCGGUCAACGCCGGGAGAAUGAAGACCGCUUCCAGGUCUCCCAAAUGACUGACAGCAUCCUUUACAUUGCUGUGUUUGAUGGACAUGGGGGUCCAGAAGCAGCUGACUUUUGUGAAAAAUACAUGGAGAAAUUCAUCAAGGACCUUGUGGCAGAAGAGUCCAACCUGGAGCUAGUUUUAACAAGAGCCUUCCUUGAAGUCGACAAAGCUUUUGCAAAGCACUUACACUUCAUCCCAAAAGUACCCGGGGUGAACGCAGGGACCACUGCCACUGUGGCCCUUUUGAGAGACGGCAUUGAGCUGGUGGUGGGCAGUGUGGGUGACAGCAGGGCCAUGCUGUGCCGCAAGGGCAAGGCUCUAAAACUCACAGUUGACCACACUCCUGAGAGGAAGGAUGAGAAAGAGAGGAUAAAGAGGAGUGGUGGUUUUAUUACCUGGAACAGUCUGGGACAACCAAACGUCAACGGGAGGUUGGCCAUGACGCGCAGCAUCGGAGACUUCGACCUGAAGAACAUGGGUGUCGUUGCCGAGCCUGAGACCAAGAGAAUAACGUUGCACCAUUCCUAUGACUCGUUCCUGGCGCUGACUACAGAUGGUGUUAACUUUAUUAUGAACAGCCAAGAGAUCUGCAACAUCAUCAAUCAGUGCCCCGACCCAAAGGAGGCAGCACAGAGAAUAUCGGACCAGGCUCUUCAGUACGGCUCAGAGGACAACAGCACAAUUAUUGUGGUGCCUUUUGGGGCUUGGGGAAAACACGAAAAUUCAGACUCAAGUUUCUCCUUCAGCAGAAAUUUUGUGUCGAGUGGUCGUUGGGCGUAGUCAGCAGGACAUUGGAUAAAAAUGUGCAGGUCUAUAGACCUAUUUUAUGUGUGCAAUAUAAGUGAACAAUAGUGCCCUUGUGAAAAAAAUUAUAAAGAGCGUGGUUUGCCCUGACAUUGAUACCUAAGAGUUCUAACAUGAUAUUUGCCCCGCUGUGGAGGAAUGGGCAGUGAAUUCAUGAUGUGCACAAUAUGAAAAAUAUUCUCUCUAUUUAAAGUCAAUCAACUAGAACGCCAAUGUAUUUGCAGGUGCUAAAAGCUGAGACGUGUUUAAAUGUUAGUCAUGGAUUCAUGACAUGCAAAUGGUCACUCUGCAUAUAUGUAGCCUGCUCUACAUCGCCUAAGAUUUCAAAGGAGUAUUCCUGACUGUCAGCCAUUGAUAUUUUUUUAUCUAUUCAGUUGUUCAAAUUUUACAAGUUUGCAAAUUUAGAGAUGGAGAAGUUGUAUUUUCAAAAAGAAAAAAAAAAAGGUUCAACUGGAUUUUCCCAGCUGUCUCAAGCCUGCAAUCUUGACUUUGUUUGGAUUCAUUUAACAGUUGGACUACAAGCAAAGAACAUGGGGGAAAAACACACUUUAAGUGAAUUGUAUUUGUCAAUUGAUUGGAAUCGUUGGACCUCUUGUAUAAAAAUACAAAAUAUACGUAAAUGUUAAUUGAACACCAAGACGUGAAGCAGCUGUAAUUUAAGUACCGUGAUCAAGGAAGUAAAUAGCUCUUAAUGACUCAGUAAGCUGUGGAGUUUUCACUUAGACGUAUUGCACAGAAAAGUGUUCACGUCCUAUUGCACAAUCCUUAGGGUUAAAGAAGAAAUGAACAAAAUCCUUAAUGUUCUGUGUCUUUUAAAUGUGUGAAUGGUGUUGCCUGGUGCUGUUUCAGUGUCUAAGAUUGAGAUUUUAUAGUUAUUCAUGUUUGUUUCAACCUAAAUAAUCCUCAUGAUUGUAUUUAAGUGUUAAUAUCUGUAUUUAGUAAAAACUGAUCGUGUUAGGGCACUAAAAGGUGUUCAGGGUACACAAAUGUACAGUUUAUUUUUUGUAAAUAAUUCUAUUUAUGUACAUCUGGAAAACUGUCAUGGUUGCAUUUACUGUAUAACUGGUCUAAAGAGAAUCUCUUAUCAUAAUUUCUCAUUCAUGCAGGAAGUUGCAUACAUGUUUGUACUGUGUAUGCUACAUCAUUUUAACUGUACCUUGGUUACAAACAGUAAUUCCUCAUUUAAAUUCCUUAUGUGUCAUUCUCAGCAAAGCAUAUUUAAUACAACAGCAGAGAACUGUUCAGCAAAGAGCCAUGGAUGACAAUGUGAAUGUUUGCUUGAAUGCCCUCCAGAAUAAAACAAUACAAACUCUGAAAGGUACAGUAAAGGAGUUAUUCAGUUGUAUGGCUUUUCCUGAAUAUGUCAGUUGAUUAAUUUCUUGUUUCUGGUAGACAGAAACUGUUAAAACAACAGCUCUGUUGUUGGUCUUUGAGUUGAGGAUUUCAAAGCCACAUAAAUACAACACUUACUAUUUAGUGGCAUUGUUCUAUUGUGUAAGCAUCUGUUUCAUUAACCUGUAUUUUGUUUUGUAAAUACAAUUUUCCUCUCAAGCACAUGUCAAAUAAACCUUGAUUUAUUUUUAAGAAAUGUAUUAUUAAAACGUCCUCCUUACAAGCCUCCUCAACUGUUCAAA